UGUACUGUUUAGACGUUUAAACGUUGUCAAAACAGAAAUUUAUGACAUAUAUGUUUAAAAUUGGACCUAAAGAUUAAAAUGGAUCGCGGCUAACUGCUAGCAGCUAACAUUAGCCACAUCCGCAGCUGCGUCGGUUAGAGCUCUGUUGCCCUGGCAACGGAUAAGCAUAGCAUCCGAAGCUCGUUUUGCUGUUUUACCACUGUUACUUUUUAAACUAACGUCUCCGGGAUGGCUGAAGAGGGAAGACGCGGAGAGGAAGAGGACCGGGGCCCCGGAGCGGCGCACCGGGGGUUUGUGAUGAUGGAGAACCUUCUGGAGAAGCUAAAGCUGCUCAACUACGAGGAGGAAGUUCUGUUGAAACACAACAUGAAGAGCCUGACCAGGCAUUACUUCGUCUCCAGUCCGUACCUGGCGUCCAACCCCGGCGAGCAGUUCUACAUGUUCACCAUCAUCGCUGCCUGGCUCAUCAACGUGGCGGGGCGGCGGUUCACCGACCCACAGGAGUACGACGAGCCCAACGCCAUCGUGUCCAACAUCCUGGCAGAACUCAGAGCCUUGGGCGUGAAGGUGGACUUCCCUCCCUCCAAGCUGAAGUCGGGCUCCGGUGAGUUCGUCUGCUUCGUGUUGGACCGCCUGGCCGAGGAGGCGCUGAAGAACCGAGGCUUCACCUUCAGACGGUGCCGACCGGUCCUGAAAUCCACUAAACCUUUGACCCGACAGGAAGUGGGAGGGUUUCAUUUCCCGUUUUCUGUUUCAGGCCAAAACUACCCUGCAGAAAACGCAGAGGAAGAGUCGGUGAUGGACGGCGACGCGGAGCUGACGCUCAGCAAGGUGGAGGAGGAGAUGAUCGAGGAAGCCGACGAUGAGGAGGAGAACGUGAUGGACCUGGAGGCGCUGAAGCUGCGCAACGCUCACGCUGAAGCAGAACCGAGCUCCAAGCCGGACGACAUCCUGGAGUCCACGGUGGACGCCGCCGAGUGGAGGCUGGAGGUGGAGCGAGUUCUGCCGCAGCUCAAGGUCACCAUCAGAACCGACAACAAGGACUGGAGGAUCCAUCUGGACCAGAUGCAUCAGCACCGAGACGGGAUCAAGUCGUCACUCAAAGACACCAAGAGCUACCUGGACAAGCUGCAGGACGACAUCGGGAAAACUCUGGAGAAGGUGAGCAGCAGAGAGAAGUACAUCAACAACCAGCUGGAGGCGCUGAUCCAGGAGUACCGCAACGCUCAGGCCCGGCUCAGCGAGGCGAAGGAGCGAUACAGGCAGGCGAGUGUCGGAGUGAUGGCGAGGACCAGAGUCCUGGCUGAGAUCAGUGAGGAGUUGGAGAAGGUGAAGCAGGAGAUGGAGGACAAAGGCAGCAGCAUGUCUGAUGGAGCUCCAGUGGUGAAGAUCAAGCAGAGCCUCACCAAGCUGAAGCAGGAAGUGGUGCAGAUGGAUGUGAGGAUCGGCGUGGUGGAGCACACGCUGCUGCAGGCCAAGCUCAAGGAGAAGUCCAACAUGACGCGGGACAUGCACGCCACCAACAUCCCUGAUUCUGCUGCCGGAACCUUCACCUAGAACCGCUGAGGUUCUGCUCCUCAGCGGCACCGGGAGGCCCAGCAGCUCCUCUGUCAAAUACGUGUUUUAUGACAUAACUACAAAUAUUUAUUGAAUUGUUUUAUAUAUUUCAUACUUGU